UGUUUCCGCCAUGCAGGACGCCAACGAUCCGCGCCGACUCCUGGGUCAGAUCCGCUGCGUGCUGGAAUGUAUAGAGUGCCUGCGCCGGGCUCAGCCCCUCCCCCAGGCUCUGUGCUAUGUCCCCGGGGAGGUGCUGUACAAGAUCUGUAAGGACCCCGCUUCGGCCGCCUCUUCCCGCUCCCUGCUGACCGUGUGGGAGGCCCCCGGCUACUCCAAGCAGAACCUGAAGAAACUGGCCCGGGCCACCGUGGAGGUGCAGAAGGGAAGCUGCGUCAAAGCCACCGGCGAGGAGUACGGCAACGCCAACGGCCUGUGGGUGAAGCUGAGCAAGGAGCAGAUGGAAGAGUAUCGCAGCAGCUGUGACAUGGCGGAAGGUUGGGUCCUCCUCUGCAGGCAGGAUGAAGGGGGGGAUCGGCUGGUCCGCGUGGAAUCCCCGGACAAGACCACGGAGCAGCAGCAGCUAUUCGGAGUGGAUUAUAAACCAAUCAGCAGGUGGGAGGAUGUUGUGGAUGGCGCCUACUCCAUGCGUCUGGGAAGAAGGCCAGGUUGCACCCAACCGGAUGAGGAGGCUGUACAGAAAUUGCGGUACGUCCCUCCAUCCUGGACAUACGAGUGUGAUGAGGAUUUGGUCCACUUCCUGUAUGAACAUGUGGGGAAGGAGGACGAGAGCCUCGGAAACAUAAAACAGUUUGUGGACAGUAUCAACGUCUCCUCCGCUACGGAAGAAAAUAACCUGGCCUGCCUGACGGAUGGAUUGCAUGACACCUAUUGGGAGAGCGACGGGUCCCACGGACAGCACUGGAUCCAACUGACCAUGAAGGAAGGCACCAUUGUCAAGAAGCUGCUACUGGCAGUGGACGCUACGGAUGAGAACUACAUGCCCAAAAGAGUGAUGGUGUACGGGGGUGAGCGCGACGCCUUGAAGAAGCUGAGUGACAUCCACAUAGACGAUAACUUGAUCAGUGAUGUCUGCAUCUUGGAGGAUAUGACCAGCCACCUUCCUCUUAUUGAGAUCCGUAUCACAGAAUGUUUCGAUGAAGGAAUUGAUGUCCGAAUACGGGGGAUAAAGAUCAGGUCCUCCAAGGUGAGGGAUUUGGGGCUCACGGCUGACAUGUUCCUUCCCCCCAACCUGGUACGAUACCCGCGACUGGAGGCCAUCGACCCGGAUGUCCUGUACAGGAGAGCCAUAGUCCUCCAGAGGUUUGUCAAGCUUCUGGACAACGCCCUCCAUCACCUGGUGCCCACCUGGGACCACAGCAUCGGCACUUUCAGCCAGCUUAAGCACAUUAAGCAGUUCCUGUUGAUGUCGAAGCGCCGCUCUUCGCUCAUCACUCAGUGCUUGAAGGACUCCGAGACCAGCAAGCCCAACUUCAUGCCGCGACUGUACAUCAACCGCAGACUGGCAGUGGAGCACCGCGAUAGCCCGGCAUUAGACCCCACCUACAAGAAGACCGUGUUCAGCCAGGUGUACGAGGGUCUGAAGCCCACCGACAAGUCUGAGAAGCCCCUGGACUACAGGUGGCCGGUACGUUAUGACCAAUGGUGGGAAUGUAAAUUCAUUGCAGAAGGGAUCAUUGAUCAAGGCGGAGGAUUUCGGGACAGCCUGGCUGAUAUUUCUGAGGAGCUGUGCCCCAGUUCUGCUGACUCCCCCGUGCCGCUGCCUUUCUUUGUGCGCACAUCAAACCAGGGAAACAGCAGUGGAGAAGCUCGGGACAUGUACGUGCCCAACCCGUCCUGCAAGGAUCUGGCCAAGUACCAAUGGAUCGGGCAGCUGAUGGGCGCAGCUCUGAGAGGGAAGGAGUUCCUGGUCCUGGCACUGCCCGGAUUGGUGUGGAAGCAACUGACGGGAGAGGAAGUCAGUUGGAGUAAAGAUUUUCCAUCGGUGGAUUCUCUGCUGGUUAAACUCCUGGAGAUGAUGGAACUGAUGGAUAAAGCGACGUUUGAGUUUAAGUUUGGCGGAGAGCUGACGUACACGACGGUCCUGAGCGACCAGCGCAUGGUGGAGUUGGUGCCGGGAGGCAGCAACAUAUCCGUACACUACGAGGACCGGCUCGAGUUCAUCAAGAUGGUGCAGAAAGCGCGACUGGAGGAGAGCAAAGAGCAGGUAGAAGCCAUUCAGGCCGGAUUGCUGAAGGUGGUUCCUCAGGCUGUGCUGGAUCUCCUUACCUGGCAGGAACUGGAGAAGAGAGUCUGCGGGGACCCCGAGAUCUCUGUGGAGGCCCUGAAAAAACUGACCAGGUUUGAGGAUUUGGGUGCGACGGACAUCCGCGUGCAAUACUUCUGGGAGGCUCUGAACAGCUUCACGAAUGAGGACCGCAGCCGCUUCCUGAGGUUUGUCACCGGCCGGAGCCGCCUUCCAGCUCCCAUCUAUAUUUAUCCGGAUAAAUCGGGCUCUACAGACUCCCUCCCCGAGUCCUCCACAUGUUCCAGCACCUUGUACCUACCAAACUACCCCAGCGCCAAGGUCUGCGAGGAGAAGCUGCGCUACGCCGCGUACAAUUGUGUGGCGAUCGAUACGGAUAUGAGUCCAUGGGAGGAGUGAGGGGGCGGGGCCGGGCGUGUCAUCCUCGUCCUGAUUUCCGGGGUCCUUAUUUAUCUGCAUCUUGUAUACAAUGUAACAACUGCAUGAAAUG